AUGUUUGAGAUUACAAAGAAGGUUUCGAAUGCACAUGACGAUGGUAUAUGGGCUGUUAGCUGGUCAGCCGACUGUAUUGCAACUGCUGGUAUGAGCUCAAGAGUAAAGACAUGGAAUACAUCACCAGCAAACUUUUUAACAGAGAAGAAAUCAUUUGAUAAACAUAUAUUGGGUGUAUCAUCAUUGGAUAUAAAUAUAGGUUCAAAAUAUUUGGCUACAAGUGGGUUGGAUUCACAUAUAAAAAUUUGGAAUCUUCAAGAUAAUGCAUUGUUUAAAGAUAUUGAUUUGUUAACAUUAUCUUUAUCUAAACCAAUAAACAAUAACAAUAAUGAUAAUGAUAAUGAUAACAAUAUAGUUGGAACAUGGGCACUUGCAUUUUCACCAACAGGCGAACAAUUUGUAAGUGUAUCUCAAACAGGUUCAGUCAAUAUGUGGAUCACAGAAACAGGUGAGAAACGUGUAUUACAAGCACCGAAUGAACAGCGUCCUUUGAUGAGUGUUGCCUAUGCACCAUCGGGUAAGUUGAUUGCUACCGGUGCCUCCGAUGGUACCGUCGUAGUGUACGACAUCGACACUGGCAAGCAAGUCAAUACCUUUGAGUGUCAUGCGAUGCCCGUCAGAACACUCUGCUUCUCACCGGACUCAAAGCACUUGUUUAGCGGUAGCGACGACUCCAAGAUCAAUAUAUACGAUCCACUCGGUCAGGGUGUGAUCGCUUCACUCCAAGGUCACUCCUCGUGGGUUCUCUCAGUGAGAUGCUCAAAAGACGGUAAUAAACUGGCAUCGAGUUCCAGCGAUAGAACCGUCAAGAUUUGGGAUAUCGCAACAAAGAAAUGUGAUCAUACAUUCAAUGAUCAUGCCGAUCAGGUAUGGGGUGUUGCUUGGUCACCUGUAGAUAGUUCCAAAUUGAUCUCCGUUUCUGAUGACUGUAGUAUGAUUGUAUACUCUAUCAAACAAUAA